AUGUCUCUGUUCCAAACCAUCAAGACCCCUGCGGUCACAUAUGAGCAGCCUCUGGGACUAUUUAUCAACAACAAAUUUGUGAAGGGUGUGGAUGGCAAGACCUUCGAGACAAUCAACCCUCAUAACGAGAAGCCCAUUGUGGCCGUGCACGAAGGUACAGAGAAAGAUGUCGAUAUUGCUGUGAAAGCUGCCCGCAAAGCCCUCGACGGAGAUUGGAAACAAGUCACUCCCUCCGAGCGUGGCCGUCUCCUUACUCGUCUGGCAGAUUUCCUGGAACGCGAUAUCGAAACAGUGGCUGCUAUUGAAGCCCUUGAUAAUGGCAAAGCAGUGACAAUGGCCAAAGGCGACGUUAACGCCUCUUCCGGAUGCCUACGCUACUAUGGUGGCUGGGCCGACAAAAUAUAUGGCCAAACGAUUGACACCGAUGUCAAUAGCUUGACCUAUACGCGCCACGAACCCGUGGGCGUCUGUGGCCAAAUUAUUCCAUGGAAUUUUCCGCUCCUGAUGUUUGCUUGGAAGAUUGGCCCUGCCCUCGCUACGGGUAAUACGAUUGUCAUAAAAACCGCAGAACAGACGCCGCUUUCAGCGCUCUAUGUGGCUGGUCUUAUCAAAGAAGCGGGAUUCCCCCCUGGAGUCGUCAACGUUAUCUCAGGAUUUGGAAGCACUGCUGGCGCAGCGAUCGCCGCUCAUAUGGACAUUGACAAGGUUGCUUUCACAGGCUCUACUCUUGUUGGCCGGCAAAUCAUGCAACAAGCCGCUAAGAGCAACUUGAAGAAGGUGACUCUCGAACUUGGAGGCAAGUCGCCGAACAUCGUUCUCCCAGACGCAAACCUAGAGGAAGCAAUUAGUUGGGUCAAUUUGGGAAUUUUCUUCAACCAUGGACAGUGCUGCUGCGCAGGCUCUCGCAUUCUUGUCCAUGAAGCUAUCUAUGAUAAAUUCUUGGAACGUUUCAAGAAGCGAGCUGAGCAGAACAUGGUCGGAGAUCCGUUCAAUGCCGAGACUUUCCAAGGCCCCCAGGUAUCGCAGGUCCAAUAUGACAGGAUUAUGACUUAUAUCGCAGCUGGGAAGAGCGCAGGUGCCACGGUCGUCACUGGUGGCAAUCGGCAUGGUAGCGAAGGAUACUACAUCCAACCCACGAUAUUUGCCGAUGUCAAUGAGAACAUGACGAUUGUGAAAGAGGAAAUCUUCGGACCCGUCUGCACGGUGCAGAAGGUCCGCAAUGAAGAGGAAGCCAUUCGCGUGGCCAAUGACACGAACUAUGGCCUGGCCGCAGCCGUCCACACCACGAACAUCAACACGGCCAUCAGGGUGUCUAAUGCAAUCAAAGCAGGAACUGUCUGGGUUAACAACUACAACACUCUUCACUACCAGAUGCCGUUUGGUGGCUUCAAAGAAUCGGGAUUGGGCCGAGAGCUGGGAUCGUACGCCCUUGAGAACUACACAGAGGUGAAGACAGUCCGUGUGCACCUCUCCUAG